AUGUACCAUCCGCGAGAGUUAUACCCCUCCUUGGGGACUGGCUACCGCCUUGGGCCCCCCCAGCCAGGGGCAGAUUCCAGCUUCCCGCCUGCCCUGGCAGAGAGCUAUCGCUACCCUGAUCUGGACACUCCCAAACUGGAUUGCUUCCUUUCGGGGAUUGACGCUGCUCCCCGCACCCUGACUGCUCCCCCACCUCUGCCUCCACUGCCCCCAGCCCUGGGCACUGAGCCACCCCCCUCUGCCUCAGAGACCCUUCACUCGCUCCCUGGAGUCAGCCUGAGCCUGGAGAACCGGGAGCUGUGGAAAGAGUUCAACUCUGUGGGAACGGAGAUGAUCAUCACCAAAGCUGGGAGGCGCAUGUUCCCUGCUUGCCGAGUGUCAGUCACCGGCCUGGACCCUGAGGCCCGAUACCUAUUUCUUCUGGAUGUGGUUCCAGUGGACGGGGCUCGCUACCGCUGGCAGGGCCGGCGCUGGGAGCCCAGUGGCAAGGCUGAGCCCCGCCUACCUGACCGGGUCUACAUCCACCCUGACUCUCCUGCCACUGGUGCUCACUGGAUGCGGCAGCCCGUGUCUUUCCAUCGUGUCAAGCUCACCAAUAGCACACUGGACCCCCAUGGCCACCUCAUCUUGCACUCCAUGCACAAGUAUCAGCCCCGCAUACACUUGGUGCGUGCUGCCCAGCUUUGCAGCCAACACUGGGGGGGCGUUGCCUCCUUCCGCUUCCCCGAGACCACGUUCAUCUCUGUGACAGCCUACCAGAACCCGCGAAUCACACAACUGAAGAUUGCAGCCAACCCCUUUGCCAAAGGCUUCCGGGAGAAUGGCAGAAACUGUAAAAGGGAGCGAGAAGCCCGUGUGAAGAGGAAACUGCGGGCCCCAGAGCCAGUAGCCAGAGAGGCCUACGGGAGUGGAGAUGCACCAGGUGGUCCCUGUGACUCCACGCUGGGUGGGGAUAUUCGUGAGUCAGAUCAAGAGCAGACCCCAGUGCCCCAGGAAGCAGCUCCAGCCGCAGCUCCUGCAUGUGGUGGCCCCAGUGCCGAAGCCUACCUUCUGCACCCUGCAGCCUUUCAUGGGGCCCCCGGUCACCUGCCCACUAGGAACCCCAGCUUCUCUGAGACUCUAGACUCUGGGCGACCAGCGCCCUACUCAGCUGCAUUUCUGGAGCUGCAGCCUGGGCCAGGGGGCUCAGGAUACCCAGCAGCUGCACCCCCAGGACCCUUUGCCUCACACUUCCUCCAAGGGGGCCCCUUCCCUCUCCCCUAUCCUGGGCCUGGGGGUUACCUGGAUGUGGGCUCCAAACCAAUGUACUGACCCUAUUGCUGGGCUCCUCUGUCCCCCUCCCUGCCUUCCAUCACAAAACUCCAGUUCCCUUCCCCCAAGCCCAUUGCCCCCUCACUUCCACUGGUCCCAUCCCCCACACCAAAUGGCAGCCUUGGGCCUCCCCCCACCCCUACUUCACACUUUGAUUUUAC